GGAAAUUAUAUACAGUACGAUCGAAAUAGGUAGCUAUCAUCAUUCAAGAAAGAAAGAUGGGAAGAGCGGAAGGAUGGACUAGAUUACGCGCAGCCGCCCUAUUGUUCAACGCCAUAUUGUUAGGCGUCGGAAACUGCGGCAACCCUCUUCUCACGCGCCUCUACUUCAUCGGCGGCGGCGCCCGGAUUUGGUUUUCCACCUGGCAGCAAACCGCCGCUUGGCCAGUCACUUUCAUACCUCUUUUCGUCUCCUACAUCCACCACCGCCAGCGCCGGAACCGGACAGGUGACUCAGGUGAGUUCCAACACAUCACGCCGUUUCUUUUCAUCUCCGCCGCCCUCAUCGGCCUUCUGAUGGGCCUGAACAACUACCUCUUCACGUACGGCGUCGCCAAGCUCCCGGUAUCCACGGCGCUUCUGAUCGGGAGCGCUCAGCUCGCGUUCACGUCGGUGUUCGCUUUCUUUCUCGUGAAGCAGAAGUUUACGGCAUUCACCAUAAACGCGAUCGUUUUGCUGACGUUAUCAGCGGUCGUUUUGGGCGUCCGGGCGGGGAACGACCGCCCGGACGGGGAGCCGAACAAGGAAUAUAUUUUGGGGUUUGUAUUGACAGUUGGGUCGGCGGCUUUGAUAGGGUUGCUUUUUCCGUUGAUUGAGUUGAGUUAUAGUAAGGCGAAGAAGGCCAAAAUUGAGUAUAGUAUGGUGCUGGAAUUUCAGAUGGUUCUAUGUUUUGCUGCCACUCUUUUCUGCACGGUUGGAAUGUUCAUAAACCACGACUUCCAGGCAAUAUCAAGGGAAGCAAGAGAGUUUAAAUUAGGUAAAACAAAGUACUACUUGGUAAUAGUGGGGAAUGCAAUAUUUUCACAGUUCUUUUUCGUGGGAGCCCUCGGAGUGACGUCGUACGGCUCAUCUCUGCUGUCUAUGGUCAUCAUCACCGUCCUCCUCCCCAUCACGGAGCUCAUGGCCGUCGUCUUCUUCCACGAGAAGUUCCAGGCCGAGAAGGGCAUUUCUCUCUUUCUCUCCAUCUGGGGAUUUGUUUCUUACUUCUACGGAGAUGUAAAGAAUAACUUCAACAAAAAGAACCAGCCACCGGCGGCCCUGCAAAUUACCGAAAUGCCCUCUUCCAUCAUUUCACCGUCAAGUAUUGUGACCGUUCCUUAAUGUCGUAGCGCAACAUAACUCGCAAUCCAUUCCAUUGGACCGGCCGGUCGGCUUCAUGGUCUGAUUUAUAGGCCUGUCGUCUAAUACUUUAGUGGCAUGACAAUGGCCCUUUCCAGAUGCAAUGUGUACUACUUGUCACUCGAAAUUCAAUCUCUUGGAUAGUGACAUUUUGUUAGUGUAAAAAACGUGUGAUGAUAUUCUUGACUAUUGAGUAUGUGAAAAUAAGAAGUACGUAAGUAAUGAUCUAUAUGUGAUUUAAAUAAAAUGGUUGAUAAAAAUGCGAUUUAGACAAGGACCAUAGAUAACAUGUUACUUCAAUUCCUAAUCUCCUAUUCACAAAUCGCAUGACUACAUUUGUAAUUUUUAGUGUCUACGGUUAAUUAUGGAUAUUUCUCUUGCAUUGAAAUCUUCUUGCCCG